GUAAUUUUCGCCUUCGGUUGCGAUUGGCCGUUUCAAUAGUCGCGGGCUACUUGAACUCAGAACAAGCAACUUUUCUGCAUUAAUAUAUAUUUUCAGAGGACAAGGGACACUAUCUAGCAAAGUGGACGUUUCUGCAGUGACUUGUUUGAGCCAGAAACUGAGAAUAACAUGUCGGGAUCAAACCAAGGACAAGGAAGCGCGGUUGACGUUCCGCUGCCAGAAUACCAAAACCAAGAAAAUAUGCUGUCCAGACUGAGGGGUCCAAUCAAAAACCGGGCAGACAACCAGGAGAACAUUGUCCCCAAAGCCCAACAGAGAACAGUUCUGGGAGGUUUGCAAAACAAUCAAUGCAGCAAUCCUCAAAACACAACACAGUUGCUGUCCUGCAAACAUGAAAGUGAAGUACCUAGAAGUUAUGCAGAGAAGCUGGGUGCCAAGCCGCCAGCUUUUCAGAUUCACCUGGAUGAGCCAGAUUCGGCUUUCUCCAGGAAAAUGGUGUUCUUGAAAGCCAACCCUUCCAUAGAAAUGUACCCCCUGAAACUGAACCCCACAGUUACCUGUCUCAGGCAGCCUCUGGCUUCUCUUGACAUACCUGUCACAUGUGUGUCUAACAUGGAUCUUAGUUUUGGUGAUUGUCCCAUGGAUAUGUCAGUUAUUGAAGGGGAAGAGAAGCAAGUUCACAUGAAUGCGGCAACAGAGUAUGCUUCAGAAAUACAUGCGCAUCUCAGGGAAAUGGAGGUUAAGUCCAGACCAAAAGCAGGCUACAUGAAAAAGCAGCCAGACAUAACCUACAGCAUGCGGGCUAUCCUUGUUGACUGGCUGGUGGAGGUUGGUGAGGAGUACAAGCUCCAGAACGAGACUCUAUACCUUGCUGUGAACUACAUUGACCGUUUCCUGUCUUCCAUGUCAGUCCUGCGGGGGAAGCUGCAGUUGGUCGGAACCGCCGCCAUGCUGUUGGCCUCGAAGUUUGAAGAGAUCUACCCCCCAGAGGUGGCAGAGUUCGUUUAUAUCACGGAUGACACCUACACAAAAAAGCAAGUGUUGCGAAUGGAGCAUCUGGUGCUUAAAGUGCUCUCCUUUGAUUUGGCUUCUCCCACCAUCAACCAGUUUCUCACCCAGUACUUUCUCACCCAGCCUGUCAGCAACAAGGUGGAGAGCUUGUCAAGGUUCCUAGGGGAGCUCAGUCUAGUAGACUCGGACCCAUUCCUGAAGUACCUCCCCUCUCAGACUGCUGCUGCCGCCUUUGUUUUGGCAAACCACACUAUAACAGGAAACUCAUGGUCUAAGUCUCUGGCAGAGGUGACUGGCAACUCUUUAGAAGACCUGAUGCCAUGCAUAGAGGAUCUGCACCAAAUGUACCGCAAUGCUGCUACGCAUGCACAGCAGUCGGUGAGGGAGAAGUACAAGUGUGCCAAGUACCAAGAGGUCUCUCUCAUCGAGCCCCCCAUGAAACUGUCUUUGGAAUGAUUUUUUUUUUGUGCAUAUUUAUUUUUUAAUGCGCGUCUCAUAAUGCCAGAAUUUCAAUAACUGAACUCAUGGCCGCAGUCUUGGACGUGGACAAUAUUUUUAGAUUUUUAAAAAAAUGUGCAUUUUAUAUGUACAUUCCUGUAGGAUGGUUAUUUUAUGCUUGAUGCAGCCCUGGGCUUUAAUGUCGCUAAUCAAGCAAUGUCAUGUCUCUUUUCUUACUAGACAAAUGUUUGCAGUGGUUUUUAACUGCUUAAAAGCUGUAAAGAUUAGUCUCACUUUCUGCAUCUUUGUAAUAAACCUGCAGCUUAUUUUCCCCUCUGCAACUAAUAGAUACUUUUGAAUAUUUCCUGACAAAUCUGACUAACCAUGGUUUGGUUUUCUAUGACAACUUUAUUUUAUAUGGGUUGUCUGGGUGUGGUUGAUUUGUUAUUUUUAUAACACAAGCUAAUUCUGGGUAAUGAUAUUCUAGUAUAAUUUGGAAGCUUAAAUCUAGCUCAUUUGACUCGACAUACUGUGAAAGUUUGUCUGCCUCGUUUCUUUAUCUUAAAUCACUUGUCUCGUGUAAAUCUGUCUUGACAUUCAUUGGUUGACAAUUAAUGACUCAUUUCGCUCUGUAAAUGUCUCUUGUAAAUAAAUUCCAUUCCCACAGA